GGGACACCCAGCUGGAGAAGGAGCAAAAGCAGCGGGCGUCGGUCGUCGGUCGCCUUUUUGUGUGUUAGGCCGCCCCUCAACAGUUGGCAGCUGGCAACUGGCAACGUGACUCAUUAGAGCGUCUCGCUGUUUUCGGGGCAGCGGUGUUGCAGGGGCACGAGGACAUGCGGUGGCGGCCACCCACCGACGGGCCCUCUGAUGAUGGAUAGUUUCGGGCGCUUCUGGUCACUUUCGAGCACCGCUCUGCGCACGCGUUGCGGCCUACGCUAUCUCUAUAAGAUGUCCCUGGCUGUAUCGCUGCGCCGAGCUCUUUUGGUGCUCCUCUCCGGCGCCAUAUUCAUCCUGACGGUGCUCUACUGGAACCAAGGAGCCAACAAGGCCCAGGCUUACAACGAGGCGCUGGAACGCCCCCACAGCCAUCACGAUGCCAGUGCCUUUCCCAUACCCGUCGAGAGGUCCUGGACGUACAAGUGUGAGAAUGAACGAUGCAUUCGGGUGGGUCAUCAUGGCAAAUCCGCCAAGCGGGUCUCGUUCAUCAGUUGCUCGAUGACGUGCGGUGACAUCAACAUUUGGCCGCAUCCCACCCACAAAUAUGUGCUCAGCUCGCAUACGCACAGCUUCUCCGUGGAGGAUGUGCAGCUGCAGGUGGACACGUCGCAUCGUGAGGUGCGCAGGCAGCUCCAGCUGGCCUUCGACUGGUUCCUCAAGGAUCUGCGGCACAUCCAGCGGCUGGACUACGCCGGCAGUUCAUCGGAACCGACGGUCAGUGAGUCCUCAUCGAAGUCCAGGCGUCAUGCGGAUGUGGAACCGGCAGCCACGCUCUUUGGAGCCACCUUUGGGUUGAAGCAGGAAGGGGAUCUGACCAGCGUUCAGGUCAAGAUUAGCGUGCACAAGUCCGGAGACCUUGACUUUAGUCUGGACAACGAUGAGACCUAUCAACUGAGCUCCAUAACCGAUGGACACCGCCUGCAGGUGGAGAUCAUUGCAAACUCGUACUUCGGAGCCCGCCAUGGACUGUCCACGCUGCAGCAACUGAUCUGGUUCGAUGACGAGGAUCACCUGCUGCACACGUACGCCAACAGCAAGGUGAAGGAUGCCCCCAAGUUCCGCUAUCGCGGUUUGAUGCUUGACACCUCGCGUCACUUCUUCUCGGUGGAGUCCAUCAAGCGAACGAUUGUGGCCAUGGGACUGGCCAAGCUAAACCGCUUUCACUGGCAUCUCACGGAUGCCCAGAGUUUCCCCUACAUUUCGCGGUAUUACCCAGAGCUGGCCGAGCAUGGUGCUUAUUCCGAGAGCGAGACGUACACGGAGCAGGAUGUGCGCGAGGUGGCCGAGUUUGCCAAGAUCUAUGGCGUACAGGUCAUACCCGAAAUCGAUGCCCCCGCCCAUGCGGGCAACGGCUGGGAUUGGGGACCCAAACGCGGAAUGGGCGAGCUGGCCAUGUGCAUCAACCAGCAGCCGUGGAGCUUCUACUGCGGCGAACCGCCGUGCGGUCAGCUGAAUCCGAAGAACAACCACACCUACCUCAUUCUGCAGCGGCUCUACGAGGAGCUGCUGCAACACACGGGGCCCACGGACCUCUUUCACCUGGGCGGCGACGAGGUGAAUCUGGAUUGUUGGGCGCAGUACUUCAACGACACGGAUCUGCGAGGCCUCUGGUGCGAUUUCAUGCUGCAGGCAAUGGCCAGACUUAAACUAGCCAACAAUGGUGUGGCACCCAAGUACGUGGCCGUCUGGUCGAGCGCCCUGACCAACACCAAGUGUCUUCCAAACAGUCAAUUCGCCGUUCAGGUCUGGGGCGGCAGCACCUGGCAGGAGAACUACGACCUGCUGGACAACGGCUACAACGUGAUCUUCUCGCACGUGGACGCCUGGUAUCUGGACUGCGGCUUCGGCAGUUGGCGGGCCACCGGGGAUGCGGCCUGUGCUCCCUACCGCACUUGGCAGAAUGUCUACAAGCACCGGCCUUGGGAGCGGAUGCGAUUGGACAAGAAGCGCAAGAAGCAGGUGCUGGGCGGCGAGGUGUGCAUGUGGACCGAGCAGGUGGAUGAGAACCAGCUGGACAAUCGGCUGUGGCCACGUUCAGCCGCUCUGGCCGAGCGAUUGUGGACCGAUCCUAGCGAUGAUCACGACAUGGACAUAGUGCCGCCAGAUGUAUUCCGCAGGAUCUCCUUGUUCCGAAAUCGACUCGUCGAACUGGGAAUUCGGGCUGAGGCCCUGUUUCCCAAAUACUGUGCCCAGAAUCCCGGCGAAUGCAUUUGAUAUUACCUCUAAGCAGUAAAAGUAAACUCCUACAAUCCCCAAUCCCGAGACCCCUCCCGACAUGUGCGUUAGUUAGUUGAUAGUCUAAUUGUUAUUUUAUACGGAUACCUAGGCUUCGUUUCGCAAGGAAGCAGGCGACUGUUUGAAAUGGUUUCUGGCAUAAACCACGACUCGAAUUUCGUUUUCAUAGGACAAGCAUCAAAACUCACCCAUUACUAGUACAAUCCAUCUCGAAAUAUAGCGCACACAGACAUUGCAGUUGGAACCGAGAGAAAAUGGUGGGACGUAGGCAAAAAUGACCUAGUAGGGAAUCAAGUUGAGGUUGAACAUUAGAGUUCUUAGACUUAGUUGUAGAUUUCAUACGCAUCAAUUCACUUACACAGACAUAGGCUUAUGAUAUAUAUAUAUAUAAAUUAAUACGUAGCUUUAGAUGAUAAAUCACGAUUGAUAAAUAACAAACUUUUUGAUAUUUUAAAAGCUUUAUUCGCAGAAUAUUAGUUAUUAAGUUUAAGGUGACAUCAAAUGAUCUUUUCCUCUUCUUUUACUUAUACUUUCGUUUAGUUCUCUUUUAAUUUCGCGUUGCAUUAAGUUAAAAUACAUUAAAUUACAUUUUCAGUGAUAUAAACAAUGUGACCUUAAAAAUCAGAAAGAAAAACAAAAGCAGCUAAAAGAGUAAAACUUAGAAUUAACAUUAACAAUUAAUCGUUACGAACAUUUUUGCACGCAUUGGCACACAACUGACACUCGACUAGUAAAUCGGUAGCUAAUUUAGGAUGUACACUAAAAGGGGGAAAAAUUGUUGGGGUAUUCACAGUUUGUUUCGUUCAAUAUUUCUACAUUUGGAAUGAUUGAUAAAAUCCCUAUGUUGGCAAUUUGUUUUCGUACUUAAGAUUUUGCAACAAAAUAUCAAAACACGAAAAACCUGAACCCUGAACCUACAUUAGUUUAACAAUUUCUGCUGUAACUCCAAGUCACUCUCGAAAAUAAACUAAAGUCCAGUCUAA